AUGGUCUCGUCGCGUUCCUUCCACUCGCUGGAAAGCCUCUCCCUGGCGGAUCGAGUGCUUUUCAACCAGUUCAGCAGAGGACCGAGUGACUCCAUCCCCUACCAAGUCAUCCACCACGCCUUCGAGUCUAUCGCGGCAGCACACCCGGACGCCACCGCCAUCCGGCACUAUGACGGCACGACCAUCACGUACCGGGAGCUCAACCGCCGGGCCAACGUGCUCGCCAACGAGCUCAGGGGCUCCUACGGCCUGCAGAAGGGAGACCGCGUCGUGCUCGUCUACUCGCGAUGCAUCGAGAUGGUCGUCUUCAUCUUUGCCGUGCUCAAGGCCGGUGGUCAGUAUGUGCCCCUCGACGGCGGCAUCAUCCCCGAGGACACCCUGGGCUACGACAUUGCCGACUCGAACGCGCCGGUCGUGCUGUGUCUCCCCAAGUUCAGGGAGAAGGUGCUGCGCAGCCUACCCUCGGAUCGACGGGACCUCGUCAGGGUGGUCGACCUCGACGCCCACAGCUGGCUGUGGAAGCACGGUAAUGCGGGCCACCCGGGCGUCAUUGUCAAGCCCGAAGACGGCGCCUAUGUCAUCUACACCUCGGGCACGACGGGUCGGCCCAAGGGCGUGGACGUAAGACACGAGGGCGUCACCAACACGCUUCUUGCAGAGCCCUCGAAGCUGGGCAUCCGCGUGGGGAAGAACGUGGCGCAACAGUUAAACGUCGGGUUCGACAUGUGCGCCUGGGAGAUUCUGGGCACGAUGAUGAACGGUGGGACGCUUCACAUCAGGGGUAGUGGCAACGACCUCUGGACGGACUGCCUGCAGCGCGUCGAUACCGUAAUCGCCACGCCGUCCGUCGUCCUCAAGCAUAUGGCCAGGCGGGAGGACUUCCCCAACAUCAAGACCAUCGCCGUCGGAGGCGAGCCCUGCCCGCUGGCCCUGGCCGAGCAAUGGGCGCCCUACGUCAAGUUCUGGAACGUCUGCGGACCGACCGAGAUCAGCAUCCUCAACACGGCCCACCUCCACAAGCCCGGCAAGACGCUGUCCAUAGGCAAGCCGAACCCCAACACAAACGUCUACGUGCUCGACGACGACGAGAACCCGGUGCCAAUCGGCGAGCCCGGCGUCAUGUGGGCCGGCGGCCCGGGCGUGUCUCGGGGGUAUCUCAACCUGCCGGAACUGACGGCGCAGAGAUACAAGCCCGACAAGUUUACAAAGGACGGUCGUAUGAUGUUCAACACGGGCGACCUGGCCCGCUGGCUCGAGGACGGCAGCUUGGAGCCCCUCGGCCGGAAGGACGACCAGGUCAAGAUCUCGGGCUUCCGCGUCGAGCUCGACGGCGUGUCUCGCGCCAUUGAAACGUGCCCCGGCGUCGUCAAGGGAUGUGCGCUCAAGAUCGAAGAUCGCCUGUGGGGGUUCUACUCGGCCCCUUCGCCCAUAGACGAGACGCAGCUGAAGGCCGUCGUCGGCGAGGGACAGCCCUUCUACGCCGUCCCGACGGUCUGGAUGUAUCUUCCCGUCAUCGAGCUGACCCCCAACGGCAAGGUUGACAAGCGUGCCCUCCGCGAUAUUGCCCUCGGUGGCGAUGCCAGCCAGACCCUUCCUCGUCCUCCCCAACCUCCGCUUCCGCCCAUCGCCACGGGCAUGUCGACACCGGAACAGUCCUCGAGCGCCUCGUCCGUCAAGACGGCCGUCAGCCCGACCAGCGAGGGCGGCUUCACGCUGGUCGACUCCCAGCGCACCCUCGACCUGGAGAAGACGGCGGCCUUUGUCGAGGAAGAGGCCGAGAGGCAGCAGCAGCAGGACGAGGGAGUGGGAGAAGACCACGAGCUGCCGUCCAAGAAGGGCUUCCACGGCUGGCGGUGGAUCCGGCACCGCGGCCUCAACGCCUACCGCAAGCUCUUUGGCGUCAUCUUCCUCUCCAACCUCGCCGUCUUCGCCCUCCUCCUCUGGGACAGCCGGCACAGCAGCUUCUCGCUGCCUCUCGACCACCUCGCCACCGCCGUCGCCGCCAACCUGCUCGGCGCCGUGCUCCUGCGCCAGGACUACGUCGUCAACUUCAUCUUCUGGCUGUGCUCGCGCGUGCCGACGUCGGCGCCGCUCUUCAUCCGCCGGCACCUCGCCCGCGUCUACCACAACGGCGGCGUCCACUCGGGCUGCGCCGUCUCGGCUACCGUGUGGUGGGUCAUCUUCACCGGCGCCGCCACCGGCAACUUCUUGGCGGCCCGGCCCGCGUACCCGGUCAGCCUCGCCACCCUCGUCCUCACCUAUCUCGUCCUGCUGCUGCUUCUCAUGAUCCUCGUUAUGGCCUACCCCUCGAUCCGCGCAAAGAUGCACGACCAGUUUGAGUGGACACACCGCUUCGCCGGCUGGUCCGCCCUCGCCCUCGUCUGGGCCCAUGUCAUCGCCACCGCCGCCUCCUCCGCCUCCUCCGCCUCCUCGACCGCCUCCCCCGAGCCCCUAGGCCUGGUCCUCGCCAAGACGCCGGCCCUCUACCUCGUCGCCCUGACGACACUCAGCAUCGCCCUGCCGUGGAUGCGCCUCCGCCGCGUCAAGGUCGUGCCCGAGCCCCUCUCCAAGCACGCCGUCCGCCUGCACUUCGACUUCUGUACCCCGGGCCCCUGCACCUCUCGCGGCGUCCGCAUCACCGACCGCCCCAUGGUCGAGUGGCACGCCUUCGCCGCGAUCCCCGAGCCCAGCGGCAAGGGCUUCUCCAUCGUCGUCUCCAAGGCCGGCGACUGGACCAAGCGCAUCAUCGAGAACCCGCCCACCUCCAUCUGGACCCGCGGCACCCCGGCCUCGGGCGUGCUGGCCGUCGCUCCGCUCUUCAAGAAGAUGGUCCUCGUCGCCACGGGCUCCGGCAUCGGCCCUUGCCUCCCCGUGCUCAUGGAGCGCCGCGUCCCCGCCCGCGUCGUCUGGUCCACCAAGAACCCGCUCAAGACGUACGGCCAGGCCGUCAUGGACACCAUCCUCGCCGCCGACCCGGACGCCCUCAUCUGGGACACGGACCAGAUGGGCCGCCCGAACCUCGUCCAGCUGGCGUACAACGUCUACCGCGAGAGCGGCGCCGAGUGCGUCGCCAUCAUCUCCAACGGCCCGACGACGAACAAGUUUGUCUACCAGAUGGAGAGCCGCGGGAUCCCCGCCUUUGGGCCCAUCUGGGACUCGUAG